UAAGCCACGCCCACUCUCCCACUUUCGUCUCUCACGGGAGCAAAAUGGCGGCGACUACUUCCACUAUUUCCAUCGAACAGGACCAGUUCAGCUGCUCGGUGUGUCUGGAGGUUCUGCGGGACCCGGUGACCAUCCCGUGCGGCCACAGCUACUGCUUGGGCUGCAUCGAGGACUACUGGAGCAGAGGCAAUCCGCAGAAGGCCCAGUACAGCUGCCCGCAGUGCCGCCAGGAGUUCAAGCCGAGACCGCUGCUCAAUCGCAACACGGUCCUGGGCGAGCUGGUGGAGAAGUUCAUCCGGAGCGGAGUCCGAGAGCAGCCGGCCGAGGAGCGGCUCCGUGGGCGGGGACACGGCAGGGUAGUGGCUCCGAAGACCAGUGACGUUGGAGAGACGCUGUGUCCACAACACCAAAAGCCGGUGAAGAGAUACUGCCGCACUGACCAUCAGCUCUUGUGCUUGCGCUGCAUCAACGGCCACAAGGACCACGACGUCGUGCGGCCUGGGAACGAACGAGCGGCGCAACAGAAAAAACUCCAAGAAGCGUCUUUGAAGUGUGCGCAGAAUCUUAACGAAGUGGAGAAGGAGCUUCGCUAUGUGGUCCGAUACAUCAAACACGCCACCGAGGCGGCGGAGGAGGAGAGCGACCGGGUGUUCUCCAAGCUGCUCCGCGCCAUCGAGAAGCAGCGGUGCGACGUGAAGGAGGCGAUCCGAGGGCGCGAGCGGGCGGCCCUGGCGCAGACCCAGCAGCUGCAGGAGAAGCUCGACCGAGAGACGGCGGAAGUCCGGAGGAGCGAGGCCGAGCUGGAGAAGCUCUGCCGCAGCGACGACCAUCUCCACUUUCUUCAGAAGUGCAGAUCCCUUCAUUUCCCAUCUAAGCCGGUGCAGAUUCCCGACACGGACACGCUCCCGUACUUGAUGUACAAAAGAAUGCGAGAAGGCCUGGCGGAGCUGAAGGUAGAUCUGGACGAAAACCUCCAGAGAGAAUUCAACAGAGUCUCCGAUAAAGUGAUUUCACUGAAGGAAACCAGCAUUGCAAAUGAAAAGACUAAAGUUACAAUCGAUGCUCACAUACUAUACGACUCUGAACCAAAGACAAGAGAGGAAUUUUUACACUAUUACCAAAACAUGACGCUGGACCCCAACACGGCCAACCCUUACCUGAGUUUGUCCGAAGGCCACCGGGCGGCGACCACGCGCUCCGAUGCCCAGCCGUACCCGGAUCACCCGGAGCGCUUCAGCAACUGGGCGCAGGUACUGUGUCGCGCCGGCAUGGCGGGUCGCUGCUACUGGGAGGUGGCGUGGGCCGGCAAGGGCGGGGCGUCCGUCGGCGUGUGCUACCGCAGCAUGAGCAGGCGCGGCGGAGGCGGCGACAGCAAGCUCGGCCACAACGCCAAGUCUUGGAGCCUGGACUGCUCCAACGCCACGUGCACCUUCCGCCACGACAAGCAGAGCGCCAGCGUGGCUGCGCUCUGCGGCAAUAGGAUAGGAGUCUAUCUGGACUUCCGGGCCGGGAUUUUGUCCUUCUACAAUGUUUCGGACCGCAUGUUCCUACUUUACAGCGUCCACGCCACUUUCAGCCAGCCUGUGUACCCGGGAUUUUGGGUGGGAUUGGGGUCUACUCUGAAGCUGUGCUCCCUGUAAUUGUGAGGUCUCGUUGCAUCAAAGACAAAAGAUGGAUGAAAAAUAAUUUACAUUUUUGCAAAAAAUAAAAAUAAAUUGUGCAAAACGUAAAUUUUUUACUAAAAAUGCAUGCAUUAAUCUCCGAUAGGUCUACUGACAUCCAGAUGAAAAUCUUUGGAAAGAAUAUUUUUGAUUCAUCUUGAAUUGGAGUUCAUUGUGCAUGUUUAUAAGAAGGAGCCAAAGCGGAAGUUGAGUUUUUACAUUUUAAUGAACCAUCAAACAGCAGCACUUUGUUCAGAUCUUAUUGAAGGCAGCCACGUCGACACUCUGGACCUGCAAGAGCGAGACCAAAAACGAAAACUGCACCUCAAAGCUAUCAAAUCCAAGAUAAAGUUGUAUAUUUUGUUGACUCACAAAGUCCUCAAACUUGGUGAGCUCCUCCUCCAAGAUGUCAGUGCCCACUUUGUCAUCCUCCACCACGCAGUUGAUCUGCAGCUUCUUGAUGCCGUAGCCCACCGGGACCAGCUUGGACGCUCCCCACAGGAGGCCGUCCAUCUGCACCGAGCGCACGCAGUCCUCCAGUUUGGUCAUGUCCGUCUCGUCGUCCCACUGGGAGGAUGCAAAGACAAAAAAAAAAACACUUAUGUAAGUUGGCACCUUGACGUACGAGCAGUCUUUUUUUUUUUUUGCGCUAAAUAACCAUUGGUUCUAAGAAAAUGAAUACUGGGAAAGUGGGCAGAUAGCCAAUGGUUCUUAAAUGUUUUAUUUAAAUAAAGGCCAGUUGUGCUUG